AUGCAGAAUUUCAUAACACGUUGUGCUUUUGAAGAACAGCAAAAGGCUCUUUCCUCCCUGCCAGCAGAUUCAAAGAUGUCCAUUUCAUAUGAUUGCUGGAUCUCUCCAUCCUCGCAGUCUUUCAUGGUUCUAACAGGCCAUUUUAUCGAUAAAGAUUUCGCUCUUCGUGAAGUCCUCCUUUACUUUAAAUGCCUAGAUGGAACUGAGACCACUUCCUGGAAGGCGAAUGCUCUGAUACAGACACUUACCGGUCAUGGAAUCCAGGACCGGAUCUUUGCGUUGACAGUUGACACUACAUUAUCAAACAAAGAGACGUUUAUGCUGCUUGAUGCUAUCAGUCAUACUUCUCUCUCUUCUGAUAUCGAAAUCCUCCGAACUCCCUACCUCACUAGUAUUGUUAAACGAUGCUUGAAUCGGAUUCUUAAACGCAUCAAAGCUUUACCGCCCGAUGAGAUAAAACAUUGCACUUUGAUCAGGAGGAAAUCAGCCAUCGCGCGGGGUCAUUUUCACGAUAUUUCGCAUACCUUGAACAAGCUCCGCUAUCUUCAAAUCCAUACGAUCGAAUGUCAUGAGCGCGCAGAGACAUUCAAGAACUUCCAAAAAGACAUCAAUGGAGAAAAGUUAUUGCUCAUUUCCGACGUCAAAACUCUGUGGAAUUUGACUUUUCUCAUGCUUCGUCGAGCCAAAAGACUUCGAGAGUUCAUCGCCCCAUUCUGUGCCCACUAUGGCUAUGAGAAACUGCUGUUAGACGAUGAAGACUGGUUCCAGAUUGACUAUCUUCUUUGUGUUAUGGAACCAUUCGUCCAAGUCAUGCAUAAUCUCACACGUGGUGGAUAUGCAUCGAUACAGUCUGUGCUGUAUUAUUACCAAAACUUGCUUGAGUCUCUUGCAGGAUCAAUGAAGCAGCUUUGA